UCGCUAGGUGGCGUUGUUCCCUCCGCGUGUGAACGACCUGACCGGAAAACAGGCGCGCGCAGCGGACCACGGAGCGGAGGCAGGCGAGAGCAAAGAUGGCAGCCGCGGCAGUGGCUGAGUUUCAGAGAGCACAGUCUCUUCUUGGAACAGACCGAAAUGCGUCCAUCGAUAUCUUACAUUCCAUAGUCAAGCGGGACAUCCAGGAGAACGAUGAGGAGGCGGUGCGCGUUAAAGAGCAGAGCAUCCUGGAGCUCGGGGGCCUGCUGGCCAAGACGGGACAGGCUGCAGAGCUUGGGGGUCUGCUGAAAUAUGUGCGCCCCUUCCUCAACUCCAUCUCCAAGGCCAAGGCCGCCCGGCUGGUCCGCUCCCUGCUGGACCUGUUCCUGGACAUGGAGGCCGCCACCGGCCAGGAGGUGGAGCUCUGCCUGGAGUGCAUAGAGUGGGCCAAGGCGGAGAAGAGGACCUUCCUCCGACAGGCGCUGGAGGCUCGUCUCAUCUCGCUGUACUUUGACACAAAGUGCUACCAGGAGGCUCUACAACUCGGAACGCAACUGCUGCAGGAGCUGAAGAAGAUGGACGACAAGGCGCUGCUGGUGGAGGUGCAGCUGCUGGAGAGCAAGACGUACCACGGGCUGAGCAACCUGCCCAAGGCCCGCGCCGCCCUCACCUCCGCCCGGACCACCGCCAACGCCAUCUACUGCCCGCCCAAGCUGCAGGCGGCGUUGGACAUGCAGUCAGGGAUCAUUCACGCCGCGGAGGACAAGGACUGGAAGACGGCCUUCUCCUACUUCUACGAGGCCUUCGAGGGCUACGACUCCAUCGACAGCCCCCGAGCCGUCACCGCCCUCAAGUACAUGCUGCUCUGCAAAAUCAUGCUCAACUUGCCGGAGGAGGUCCAGUCUCUCAUCAGUGGAAAGCUCGCUCUGCGCUACACCGGCAGACAGACAGACUCACUGAAAUGUGUGGCUCAAGCCAGCAAGAACCGGUCGCUGGCAGACUUUGAAAAGGCACUAACAGAGUACAAAGCAGAGCUAAGGGAUGACCCCAUCAUCAGCACCCAUCUGACCACGCUGUACGACACCCUGCUGGAGCAGAACCUCAUCAGGGUCAUCGAGCCCUUCUCCAGGGUCCAGAUGGCCCACAUUUCGUCCCUCGUCAAACUAUCCAAGGGAGAUGUGGAGAGGAAACUAUCGCAGAUGAUCCUGGAUGAGAAGUUUCACGGUAUUUUGGACCAAGGCGAAGGCGUCCUGAUCGUCUUCGACCAACCGGUGGUGGACAAGACAUACGAGGCGGCCCUGGAGACCAUCCAGAACAUGAGCAAAGUGGUGGACUCGCUCUACAACAAAGCCAAGAAGCUGACAUAAGAGAAAGGAAAACCGUGGCUCCACCCCCCCCCCCCCUCGCCCACCCCAGUCAGGACCUCUGUCUGCUCGCUCACGUCGGCCCGGGAGGACGAGGAGAGUACGAACACUUCAAACGACACAGCGAGCCAAUUAAACCAGCCAACCACCCCCACCCCGGUCUAUCUUACCCCCCCCAUCAGACCAGUGAUGAUCCGACACGACUUCUGGCCACAUGGACACAUUGUGGCACUGUGCCGCCGCCUCUGCUCUUCUCCCACCUUCGCUCACUACUGUAUGUCCAAUUUAGACGCCCCCCCCCCCCCCCCCCCGUCAGGGAAUCUUGUAAGAUAACAAAAAAGGAGACGUGUACAGUACUUCUACGUACAUGUGAUAGAUAUUCAGUGUAGCCGGGGUCAACCACGGGACGGUUUUUGUCCAACCGGCCUCCAAAUCGUUUGAACCCGGAGAAUGUGGCCCUCAGAACCCCCGCCCUUUUUCCUUUGCCCCCCCCCCCCCGACUCCCUCCACCACAAUGCAUUCUGGGAUUGCGUUGACCACAAGGGGUAUUUAAUCUCCAGUCCACACGGGACCACGCCGCCGGGGGGGGAGGACAUUGAUUGACACCCCUGCACUUCCUGUUUGUAGAUAACAUUACCGAGCACCUGUGCUCAUCCCAGGCCCGAUACAUUCACACACCUCAGACGUUUUCUUUCUUUUGUUUUUUUUAACAAUGGGUAAGAAGAGAACACUGAGAGCACAGGUCACACAAAGUGCUUUUGAAGCGGCCGAGUCGUGCAGAAGAUGAAAAAGCUGUACAUUUUUUUGGGAACUUAAUUUUUGCAAUGGACUUGAAGGGUUACCAUAUAUGACAAAAGAUGCUAAUAAUGAAAAAAAAUAAAAAAAAUUGUAAACCUGUAA